AUGCAAAUCAUGCAGACACUGAGGAAAAGUUAUGGCAUGCCUUGGUUGUCGGCAGCGAAAACUCAAGUGCACCGUCUUAAUCUGCCGCACGAGGAUAAGAUUAACGGCGCUCUUGAGGAAGGCGAACCAAUGGAGCUUGCGCCUUCCAGCAUAGCGUUGUCUCACCAGAGCGACCGUGAGCACAUUCGUUUCCUCGAAAGGCAAAGCAUGCUGCUAGCGAAAACAGAAACGUAG